CACUGAUAGUCAGCACUGACUGGUAUCACUGCUGGGCAUUGACUGGCGCAACUGCUGGGCACUGACUGGUGCAAACUACUGGGCACUGACUGGCAGCACUGCUGGACUGCACUGAUGGGCACUGGUGGGUGGCACUGGUGGGUACAAGUGGGUAGCACUGAUGGGCACAGGUGGGUGGCACUGCUGGGCACAGGUGGGUGGUACUGCUGGGUGGCACUGAUAAGCACUGGUGGGUGGCACUGCUGGGCACAGGUGGGCAGAUCUGGUGGGUGGCACUGCUGGGCACCGAUCAUCAGAGCACGGAUCAUCAGUGCCCUGAUGAUUGGUGCCGAUCCCUGCUCUGACAACUGCCGGUUCUCGGCAGUACUUUCCUCAAGCUCUGACAGCGAGAGGAAAGUGCAGCCGAGAACCGGCAAUUGC